AAUAGCAAACUUCAGGGCGCUAUUUUUUUAACCUCAAACAAAGCGAUGGAAUUAUUCCAGUCUCAGGAAUUUUUCCACAUUGAAGUUCAAUACGAGCGAACUUGUACAUGUUAAUUAUUAUCAUAAAAAAAAACAUCUGUCAAAUUUAUCAUCCAAAAGGUUCUCGGAGAAAGUAAGCUGUUUGUAAAAUAAAAAAAUAUACCGCAAUAUAAUAUAAACAAUAAUGGAUAAAUUGAGGAGAGCAUUAAGUGGUCAUGAUCAGUGUGACGAGGAGAGUGGAAUUAUGACUCAGCAUGAAAGUGACUAUCUGAUAUCAGAUGGUACAACUUUAAGUUGGUCUACGCGAAUAAAAGGAUUCGCUAUAUGUUUUAUCAUCGGUAUUCUCUUAACAUUCCUCGGUUCAUUUGCCUUAUUUUUACACAAAGGCUUGACUGUUUUCGCUGUUUUCUAUACACUUGGAAAUAUUGUUUCACUGUUGAGUACGUGUUUUUUGAUGGGUCCGAUGAAUCAAUUAAAAAAAAUGUUUGCAUCGACAAGAAUAAUAGCUACAUUGAUAGUAUUUAUAUCUUUAGCGAUGACACUAUAUGCUGCUCUAAAGCUUGAAAAGGCUGGAUUAGCACUUCUGUUUAUAAUUAUACAGUCAUUAGCAAUGACAUGGUAUUCAUUAUCGUACAUCCCAUAUGCCCGAGAUGCUGUCAAAAAAACCGUCGAAUCUUGUAUCACGUGAAUUUAAUUAUAUUCAUUUAUCUUAAUACGACGAUUAAUUAUAACAGUUGUUAUAGUUAUAGGAUACGAGAUGUUAAAAAAUUUCACCUGAAUAGAGACAAUAAUUAUUUCAUAGUUAAAAAAAUUCGAUAGUAAGUCUUAAAAACUUUAAGAACAACAUAAAAAUAUAAUUCUUCGUAUCAAUUAUAGUUGGCUAAGCUACAAUGCUAGUAAUUAAUUGAGAAAUAUUUUGCUUUUACAUCACAAAAAAAUAAAUUAUAUUUCUCAAAGUAAUUAUAUUCUGAGCUGUUAGUUUAACCCUUCAGUAUCCUCGCUAUGAGAAUUUUUCUCACGCAACAACAUUCAACUUAUAGGAUGUCGCUGCAGUGCAAGUGAGACACUAAAAAGAACGUGGGUACUGAAGGGUUAAUAUUACAGUUCCCGCUAUAUUCAAGCUAUACGCUAGGUAAAAAUUACGUUAAUAGAGCAAAUUCAAAAUAACGACGUAGAUACUUAUUAUUUAAUUUUUAGUUAAAAUUUAUAUUUAAAUGUUGCAUUAAUAUUGCUUCGAUUUACGCACACUGAUAGGAUAUAUUAUAGUACAAUUAUCAAAACUAUAAAUUUUUAAUAACGUAUACUUAUUUUGAUCGGAUAACUAAAAAAAUAUCAACUACUGUGCCUUAUAUAUAUCAUAUUUUGUUAUACAAUAAUUUUCUUUGCAUUUACUAUAAUAUUAGUAAUAAAAUUACAAAUAUUAAUAAUUGUUAAUUUUUCAAAAGAUUAUAAAGUUAACGCAGCUUUAUAUUAAAUUUGACUUAUGUAUUUUUAAUAUAAAUAAUUAUUUUUUGAUA